UUCACAAAACCUCUGUUCUGUUUUUUUUUUCCUCUCUCAGUUUCAAUCUUCUUCAAGUUCACUGCCAAUACCAGCUUUCAGUUUCUUCACGAGCUUCUUUCUAGGGUUGAAGGCAUUUUGCAUGCAUACAAGGUGUUUUGGUGACAAGUGACAAGAGUCUGAGAUGGGUUGUGGGAAUUUUUUCAAAGCAAUAAUUGGUUCCAAGAAAUGGAAACAAACAAGCAGAAAGAGUGAGAAGGGGUUUAUAAAACCAAAAGUGUCCAAGAAGAAUGUUACAGGUUCUGCAUCACUAGUUUUUCUUAGCGAGGAUCGGGCUGCAACUCGAAUCCAGACUGCUUUUAAAGCCUAUAAGGCUAGGAAAAUGUUACAGCGACUAAAAGGAAUAGCAAGAGCAAAGCUGUUAACUGAAAAACAACCAGUGAAGAAGCAAGCAGCAGUUACAUUGAAGUAUCUUCACUCAUGGAGUAAUAUACAGUCUCAGAUUAAGGCUCGCCGGGUUGGCAUGGUCAUGGAAGGCCGACUGAUUCAUAAAAGAUUAGAGAAUCAGCAGAAGCUUGAGGCCAAGCUUCAUGAUAUUGAGGUUGAAUGGAACGGUGGGACAGAGACCAAAGAUGAAAUCUUAGAAAGGAUACAUCAAAGAGAAGAAGCUAUGAUCAAACGAGAAAGAGCUUUGGCUUAUGCUUUCUCUCAUCAGUGGAAAGCUGAUGGUAAGACUCAGUGGCUAGGUGGUUAUGAGCUGGGGAAUACUAACUGGGGAUGGAGCUGGAAAGAGCGUUGGAUUGCUGCUCGGCCUUGGGAAGUAAGAUACUCUUUGACUCCUAAGAAACGGAAGAGUUUAAAGACGGUUUGUUGCAAGAGUGAGACUAAAUCAAAUUCACCGGUGAAGAGAGGAGUGUCAUUAUCAUCAGUUUCAGCUAAAGCUCCGUUUCCUGGAGCUGUGAAACCACAUAGAUUGUAAUUUCCAGGAGCUUGAAAAAUGAAGUUAAACGGCGGUCUAUGUA